ACUGGUUCUCUCCCUCUGAUGCCGUUGGUUAGUCGCCUCGGUGUCUAUCGGAUUCUAGCACUUUCCAUUACUUUUAUUUCAUUAUGUACCGCUUUAUCGGCAUGUAUUAGCCUUCCACUAGCUUAUAUCUACGCCAAUCAUGUACAAAAUUAUUUGAUGAACGAAUUCUCCAUAUGCAAAACGACAGCAAGAAAUCUCUUGAAGGAAAUCGUCGACAUGAAAAUUUCAUUGCGCGUUCGAAGUCGACGCAACUCGAGUCUUGAAGAGGUUCCUGCUUCCGUAUCCGAAAAAAAUCAAUGUGAUGAUAGUUGCUGCAUUCCCGGACCACCUGGUCCAGCCGGUCCUGCUGGCCGACCGGGACGACCGGGAAAACCAGGUGCCAACGGUAUAAAUGGUGAUCCCGGCCGCGUGCUCAUGGCACCACUUUUGCUUGUCACUUCAGACUUUUGUAAUAAAUGCAGUGCGGGACCUCCUGGAGAAAAAGGAGAACGCGGUCCACCUGGAGAACCUGGUCUUCCAGGAAAGCAAGGUAGAGCAGGAAUUCCUGGAAAACCUGGGCUAAAAGGUCAGCAAGGACCAAUGGGAGCACCUGGUCUGCCAGGCAUGCCAGGAAUUCCUGGACUAGCAGGUACUUCUUGCGAAGCAGGGCUGUUAGAAUACGGGGAACCAGGUCCCAUAGGUGAGCCUGGCCCUCCAGGACCACGAGGGCCUCCUGGACGACCAGGCCUGGACGGAAAUAUAGGAGAUGCCGGUCCUAAGGGACCCCCUGGCGAGGAUGGUCCGCCUGGCUUACCCGGCAGACCAGGCUUACCAGGCCCUCCUGGGCCACGUGGUCGAAAAGGCGAAAAAGGUAUCUGCCCGAAAUACUGUGCACUGGACGGCGGAGUAUUUUUUGAGGACACAGAACAGCAAAAGCGAUGA